AUGCAGACUGCUUCUACAAACAUUUGUGAAAGAAUGGAUCGCUCUCAGGAGCUCAGUGAAUUCAAGCGUGGUAACGUGAUAGGUUGCCACCUGUGCAAUAAGUCCAUCUGUGAAAGUUCCUUGCGCCUAAAUAUUCCACAGUCAACUGUGAGUGGUAUUAUAACAAAGUGGAAGCAACUGGGAACAACAGCAACUCAGCCACCAAGUCAGCGGGGUUAGCGCAUGCUGAAGUGCACAGUGCGCAGAAGUCACCGUCUGCAGAGUCAAUAGCUAAAGAUCUGCAAACUUCAUGUGGCUUUCAAAUUAGCACAACAAAAGUGUGUAGAGAGCUCCAUGGAAUGAGUUUCCAUGGC